ACGCAUAGACUCUUGGGAGUUGUAGUACGAAGCGAGUCAGAGUCGGAAUUAUGGCGGUGACCAAGGAGCUAUUACAGAUGGACCUGUACGCGCUUUUAGGCAUCGAGGAGAAGGCGGCGGACAAAGAGGUGAAGAAGGCGUACAGGCAGAAGGCCCUGUCCUGCCACCCAGACAAAAACCCGGAUAAUCCCAAAGCAGCUGAACUCUUCCACCAGCUCUCUCAGGCCUUGGAGGUGCUGACUGAUGCUGCAGCCAGGGCUGCGUAUGACAGAGUCAGGAAAGCCAAGAAGCAGGCAGCAGAGAGGACCCAGAAGCUUGAUGAGAGAAGGAAGAAAGUGAAGCUAGACCUGGAGACCCGGGAGCGGCAGGCCCAGGCCCACGGGAGUGAGGAGGAGGAGGAGAGCCGGAGUACCAGGACUCUAGAGCAAGAGAUCAUACGUCUUCGCGAAGAGGGUUCCCGGCAGCUGGAGGAACAGCAGAGGCUGAUCCGGGAGCAGAUAUGCCAGGAACGUGAACAGAGGUUGAGAGGAAAGGCAGAAAAUACUGAAGGCAAAGGGACCCCCAAACUAAAGCUAAAAUGGAAGUGCCAGAAGGAGGAUGAGUCCAAAGGUGGCUACUCCAAAGACGUCCUCCUACGGCUUCUUCAAAAGUAUGGUGAGGUUCUCAACCUGGUGCUUUCCAGUAGGAAGGCAGGCACCGCAGUGGUAGAGUUUGCAACCGUCAAGGCUGCGGAGCUGGCUGUCCAGAAUGAAGUGGGCCUGGUCGAUAACCCUCUGAAGAUUUCCUGGUUGGAGGGACGGCCCCGGGCCACAGUGGGCUCCAGCUACCCAGGACUGUCGCAGAUGUGUCUAUGGCUGCUCCAGACGGGGACUGACCAUCAAGAGACAGUACCUCUUUUUUGGAACUAUCAUUGGCUACUCUGCUGACUCAGGGGUGCUGCCUGCCCAGAGUCCCAGAGCCCCGGGCCGGCUCUCAGUCCUCACAGCUCAGUUCAGCCUCAGUUCAGCCCCUCCCAUGGCCCUGGGGUUUUCUGGCCUAGAUGCAGAAGCUGGGGCUGCAGGGCUCCUGGCUCUACCUGCCCCAGGCUCUACCUGCCCUCAGUUUAGUAGGAGAGAGCUUUAGGGGCAGGAACUAGAAAUUUGGCCCUUCCCUUCUCUGAAAUGGCCAGGAGUGCGGGUCUGUCUGUGAGCCUCAGGCUGAUGUGUUCAUACCCCUCCCACCCCCACCCCCACCCUGUGGGGGAGAGCAGAGAAUACCCCCAGUGCUCGGCAGGAGCUUUGUUCCCGUUGUCCUCUGUCACACCAUCCCUGCUCCUCCACGUGCCUCUCCAGCUGGCUGUGAGGAUGGGGCACUUUCUGGAAGUAUGUCCCAGAGGUAGAAAAUGAACUGGUUCUGAGCCCAACUUGGGGCCCUUCUUUAGAGACCUCAUUCUUGCAUCUUUAAGUCCUAACAUUUCACAGCCCGAGAGAACGCUCCAUAGGUUGUGUUGUAGAGAGUUUUAUUUAUUAUUUCCUGCAUUCACAAAGGAGCCUCUCAGCUUGGGAAAUCCUCCCAAGGUGAGGAGGAAAGAGAGACGUCAUGAGGCUUGGGCUGUGGAAGCAGUGUGUGUCGAAGCUUCUCUUUCCCCCUCUGCCAUGCUUGGAGAGGCCUGGGGGCUCCAAACCACACAGCCCAGCAGAGAGCUAUGGGCUCUGGCUUCCAAGCUUCUGGCCGGGCCUGUGGCCUGACCCAGUGGGCUUGGCCCUGGUCGCCAGGCCUGUCCUCAGAAAGCCGGGCAAGGCUGAGUCCCCUAGUCCUGGUGAAGGAUUCUGGGGCCCAGCUGUGCCUUUUCACGGCAGCAGCCACAAGUUGAGAAUCUGUCCCCUGAUCCAGUCCUCCUUUCUUCGAGGACUGGUUGAGAGGAAGGAGGGAAAUCUGCCACUAUUUUUACAGCAUUUCCCAAGAGCUCCCAUCGCUAGUAAUUCUGGGAAUUCCCCAAAACCCCUCUUUGCAAGUGCAUCCCUGCUUUUGUCUGGCAUUCCCUAGAGCUGCCUCCCUCGGGCACCAGGGCCUGCUCUCAGCAGCCGCAUGGGCAGGUUGAGUCUCUUUCUUUCCCUUCUCUGCUAAUGACUUGUUUGGCCUUUUUCCCAAGUUAUACCCUGUGUCUCCACCUACCUCUCUCUUCCUACCCUGCCAGCUCCUCCCUUCCCUUGCAGCCCCUGGACCUGGUCCAGUAGAACUUUCUGCAGGGAUGUCAGUGUUCAUUCUUGUUGUCCAAUGUCGUAGCCACUAGUUGCAUGGCUGCUGAGCACCUGAAAUGUAGCUAAUGUGACCGGGGAAUUGAAUUUUUCAUGUUAUUUCAUUUCAAUUGCCUUAAAUUGAAAUAGUCAUGUGUCUAGUGGCUGCCAGAGUGGACAGUGCAGGUCAAGCCUGGCCCACCCCCCCCCCCCACCCCGCCCUUAGAUCUCCCCACUUCCCUCUUUGGCCUGGGUUGGAACACUCUGGCCCAGCCUUGUCCUGUGACCUUUGUUGACAGUGGCUUCAGAGGGGCUGGAGCAGCCCCAUUUCUGUUCUGCCCAGUCGUGUCCUCCCACUCCGUGGGCUCUCUGCAGGGGCUGGUGGUGUGGGGUGUGGCCUCCCUGUCCCGGCCAGCCCAGCUUCCUUCAGUGUUCCUGCAGGAAGUGCCCCUCACCAUAUUUCCAGCUUGCCUCUGCACCUGUCCUUCCACUCUGGGGUGACUCGGAGGAGUGUUGAGGACCCAGAGGGCAGGCACAGCCCAGGGUUGCUGUCCCACCUCCUCCUCAGUCCAUCAGUGUACUGAGUCCCCAGGCUUCUAGCUGUUCUAGUCACCCCACCUCUCACCCCAUUCAGAAGCGGGGCUCACUGGGAAACUGCUCCCUCAGUAUCUGUAGAACUUCCUCAAGAAGUGAAAUCCCCAGGUCCACUUUGAAGGAGAAGAAGGGGUCAUUGAGCUCCGGAGCAGGUGUCCUCUGGAAGGGGGGAGUGUCCAAAAGCUCAUCCUCCUCUGAGUACUGGUGGAGGGCCCCUGCCACGGAGAGCGCUGUGGGCAAAGUCGCCGAGUAGGCAGCAGUGUAGGCAGGUGGGGGCUCCAGGAUGUUGGGGCAGCUGGAGCUCUCUCGGUAGAGGCGUGGGGGCUUAGGUGGGGCCAGCAGGGUGGCCCGGGGCUGCUCGUCCCCCCACAGUGGCAGGCGCCGGCCAUCUGGCCUCCCUUGCAGCUCCCGGAUGACCUCUCGGUUGCUGUACUCCUCGUGGUCACCACCGGCCGUGCUGGCCUGGCCCAGCACGCUGCCCUGGCGCCGGAGCCGCUGGGGCCGCCCCAGGCUCAGCCGCUUGAAGAAGGAGGCAUUGCGGAAGGAGCCUUUCCGCCAGGUCUCCAUGGAUCUCGGGGGGCCAGCAGACAAGCGUGGGCUCUCAGGAGCUGGGCAGAUGGUCAGGAGCAGCUAGUGACCAUUUGGUCCCUGAUGGAGGAAUGAAUCGCAACAAUCAGGAAGCAGCUCUCAUGGGCUACAAGCAGAGGCCCCUGGUUUCUGCUCAGCACAGACUUUUGGCCAUCAUCUUGGAGGGUGAGGUGAGGGCCAAAGAAGAGGACACUUUGGUGUCCAGGAGAGCAGAGAGCUGGGAGUCCCUGACGAGAGUCUCCCAGAGGGACAGAGUGACCUGGUUAUGUGAUAGGGCAGUGGAGAAAACCCGAGGGGAAGCAGCAGCACUUACUGGGGCUGGAGUCCGGGCAGCAGUGGUGGUGUCAGGGAUGAAUCUCCCUGGGCUGGGCACGGGCAGCCGGUGCAGGGCGUCCUUCCCCAGCACCCGGGGCCUGGGCGGGCAGGCAGGGACGGACGGCCCGAGCUCCCCCUCGCCGGCGGUUCCCUCGGCCCCUGCGCCCGUCUCUAGGGCAGCGUAGGGCCCGGCUCUCUCUGCCGGCAGCUCCUGGACUCUGAUUAGUGGCUUGGCUGUUUGUGCUGGUGUGUGGCGGUGGCGCUGUGUUUUUGUUUUCAGCUGACUCAGUCAGGUAGGAAGCCGGGUUUCACGCUCUGAGGUAAUUGCAGCAUCCGCGUGCAGGGACUGGGGCAGCCGUGGCCAACACCUCGGGGCCAUGGGGAGUGUCAGAUUCCUCUGGGGACUCACCUGGGGGCAGCCCUGCUUUAUGUGUCCCUGCAUUGCUCCCCUUCUCGUCGCUGCCCCCAUCACCGUGGCCGCGAUGGGCCUGGCUCCCCAGCCCGGGUGCAGGGUGCA